AUGCUCGGCUUCGCCAAAACCCUUCUUCUUGCUACCCAGCUGGCAUGUCUUGCCAGCGCGUCGCCCACUCUCAACAAUAACAAAGAGAUUACGGGCAAUUGGCCCAUGUGUGUCCCAGCACCAACAAAAGUUUCAAUCAAGCGAACGCCGACUGAGAAGCGAGCCGACAGCGUGAAGACUCCGUUGCCCACCCAGCCAGGCAUGGUUGACAACUGCGACACGUUUUGCUAUGUACAAAAAGACAACACAUGCGUGCAGAUUGCUGAGAGCAAUCACAUUACCACUAAUCAAUUCACUCAAUGGAACAAAGGCGCUGGUCCGGAUUGCCUCACUCUCUGGGCAUACACGUAUGUUUGCGUGGGCGUUAUGAAGUCGUAA